AUGCCACCCCUCCCAUCCACACCACUCACUCUCCACGGCGGCUGCGACUGCACCUCCAUCCGCUACACCAUCACCAUCCCCGCCCUCCCCUCUCGUCCCAUAGCCUACACAGACCCAACAACCGGGGAAGUAUCCCGAUACCCUCAGAGUUUCCUAGACCAUUGCAACCGCUGCCGUCGCGUAAGCGGCUCUAUCAUCCCCGCCUGGAUAACAGUUCCUCAGGAGUGGGUUACAUGGACACAAAUCUGCAUCCCAGACAACAAAAUAGAGAAUACAACGGCUGAGCUGGUCCAUGUUCCUGAACAAGACGACAAGAAUGAAAAGAAUGGGAAUUCGACUGGCAAACUCCCUGUAACGAAUUAUAUUUCCAGUCCUGGAGUCAGACGUAGCUUUUGCUCGAUAUGCGGUACGAAUCUCGCUUUUGUGAAUCUGGAGAGGGAUAUGGGUGGGGAAGGAAGGAGGGUGGCGACGGUGGAUAUUGUGCUGGGGAGUCUGGAGAGGGAGAGUCUGGAGGUGGAGGGUAUGUGGCCGGAGAGGCAUGAGUAUUGGGAUAGUGGGGUGGAGUGGAUUAAGAGGUUGGUUACGGAGGGCGAUGAAGUGUUGGGUGGUGCUGGUGAGAGUGGUAAGGUGCCUAGACAUCCGGAGGGUGAGUGGGAUGUUGUCGUCUGA